CCUGAGACUGCAGCUGUGCUGAAGCGCACUGUUGAGGCUCUUAUGGAGAGAGGAGCCAUUGUGAGGAACCUAGAAAACCUGGGAGAAAGGUCUCUACCUUACAAGAUCUCCAAGCACAAGGAGCGCCACAGAAGAGGAGGGUAUUUUUUGAUAGACUUAGAGGGCCCACCUUCGAUUGUAUCGACCAUGAUGGAUCAUUUAGGACGUGAUAUUGAUAUAAUUAGACGUGCUUUUGUAAAGCAUCCUGUAUCAAAGACAGAAGAAUGCAGUGGCAUAAUCCCGGUCAACUAUGAAGAUAAACUAAUUGCCAAGAAGAAGUGAAUAUCCCAAAUAGCAUGUUUAAAACCUUUAAAAAAUUUUUUUAUUCCUGCUUUGGAAAACAAUUGUGAUAACUGAUGUCCAUCAAAAAUAAUCAGUUUUGGCCAUGUAUGUGGUAUAGGACACUAUUUUAAGUUAUUGUAAC